AUGAAUGGAAAUGUUUCCGAAUGGUAUAACGAAUGCGACAAUGCCAUUAGAAGGUCAGAAAUAGUUCCUGGAACUUACGAAUAUACAACUGCUGUUUCUUAUGGAAACGUAGGUGAGUUUGGAGAAGGUUCUUCAACAACAGUAGAUAUUGCUUGCGACAGGUUUCAUAUAAUUUCUAUUGACAACUCUUUCUUAUACGUGGAACAAGACAUUGAAAUAAAACCUUCUGCCAAGUUGUCUGACAAGAAAGGUUGCAAUGGAAUUUUCUAUGUCGGAUACCAAUAUGCUCCAGAAGUUUUCAUGGGAUAUAAGAUAUAUUCUAACUCUGACUUAGUUCAAACAGUAACAUGGGCAAACUAUGAAUGGUUCGCUUUGAGAAACUCAGUACAACCACAAGCUAGAGAACAAACAGACCAGUAUGCAACUAUUGAGAAAAUAAGAAGACUUGACCCUAACGUUCCAGGAGUUUAUGUUAACCUUUCUGGACAAACUGCAGCAGCAGUAACCAAAGUAAAACUGAAACUUAGAGUUCCUUUGUCAUCUUUCCUCAUCUUCAGGUUUUUAAGAUACUUGCCAAACUGGGCAGGAAAAAUUUCUAUCGAACUUACUCCAAGCAAAAAUAACUUAGUCAUUGCACCAACACAAGACCCAUUCACUCUUACAGAAGUAGUGGGAACAAAUAAAAUGUCAUUCGCCGACUUUUGCAAAAACAAAGUUGACUUAGACUUUGGUUUCUCAAACCUCAACACUGAAGUAAACUAUUAUUUCAAUGCUGCUGGAGAUGCUUGGGACCCAGUUAAGUUCACAUGCGAAAAAUUUGAAUGCAAGAGAAUAGAAAGCAGACUUGCA